GGAUGUGGCUCGCUCCUGUGUUCACACCUUGUGCUUGCACCAUAUUUAAUACAUGUUGAAAGGGUGUUGGUCAAACCGUUCCCCAGCGACACCACAAUGCUUGGAGCAAUUGGUACUACUGCCCCGCAUACAAGUUAGGUACAAUUUAUAAUCAUAUGUAGGUACGCCCCGAUUAGGCGUAGCCUCUUUGUCAAACACGCAUACUGGAACGUUAGACCAUGGAACAGGGCGGAAAGCCAGCAUCGGACAAGACAGCCUACUGGAAAUGUAUAGGCAAGGCAUUAUUCUGGCCAGUUAUAUUACUACUCCAAGCGAUAAAGAUCUACCUGUUGGGCUGCAUUUUUGUGUACGCUUCACGCAUUGGACGCGGUCUUCUAUGCGGCUUGUGCGUUUGCUGCUCAAUCACGUACAAGGAUAAGUCCUUCCCGCACAACCACACCUCCAUCGGCGAGUGGAAGGGCAAGAGCCCCGAAGAGAUUGACCGCGAAGUCCAAUGGCGGCGGCUAGGCGAAGUAGUGGCAGCAAGCAGCAGGACGGGGGCCAAGCUCUUCGCAGGCGCCAUCGAGCCGUCGGAUAUCUGCCAAGGGCAGCUGGGGGACUGCUGGCUGCUUUCCGCGUUGGCAUGCCUGGCCAACCAGGAAGGUGCCGUACAGCAGGUCUUUCUGACGAAAGAGUACAAUGAGUACGGCAAAUACAGAUUGCGGUUGUACGACGCGCCGAAGGAGGCCUGGGUAACGCUUACUGUGGACGACUGGAUCCCUUGCGGCUCCAACGGCCAGCCGUUGUUCGCCAAGCCCAACGGCGACGAGGCAUGGGUGCUGCUGCUGGAGAAGGCCAUGGCAAAGUUCAAGGGCAGCUAUGCCAAGCUGGACGGCGGGGUGAUGAUGUGGGCGUUGGAGUGUCUUACUGGGGACCACGUCUUCCGCUUCAACUUGAACCGCAAGACCGGCAAGUGGGAGCGAUGUGAGCUGGUCCACCACCCGAAGCCCGAGGGCGGCUACGACAUCCGGCUGCGACCAACGGACGAUGUGCUGGACUCGGAUGAGAUGUUUGCGAGCAUGCUGUUCUACAAUCGCAAGCGGAGUUUCAUUUCCGCCAGCACCGGCGGGGGUGACGACACGAAGGCCGUGAAUGGCAUCGUGCAGGGCCACGCCUACACCAUCUGCAACGUCAAGCUGGUGGACCGCUUUCAGCUGGUGCAGCUACGGAAUCCCUGGGGCACGUUUGAGUGGACGGGCGACUGGAGCGACCGCAGUCCCCUGUGGGAGCAGUUCGUCAAGGUGAAGCGCGCGCUGAACUUCAAGCCGGCGGACGACGGCACGUUCUGGAUGGAGUGGAAAGACGUCUACACCUACUACCAGUCCAUCGACUUUUGCGUCAGGACGACCGGCUUCGAGGAUAUCGCCUUGGACCUGCACGAGGAGCGGCCCUGCAGCGGCCCCAUGCUGGGCUGCUUGGAGGGCUGCUUCAGGUACUGGUUUUGUUGUUUGGGCGUACGCGCGCUGUUCUUCAGCCACAAGGCCCGGCGGUUUGAGCGCCCGGAGCCCUCCGGUUGUGCGGCCUGCUGAGGUUUUCGUGAGAGGAAAGUACGGGAGGCGAGGGAGCCAACAAGGCGACGGCUUGGCAACAGUCCAGACCUCAUUGUGUGGGCUUCAGGGGUCCACGAUUGAGUUGCAGAUUAUGGGUUUGCAUCAGUAAGAGCGCGUGAUAACCUGUUCAUUUGCUAAUAUUGUGCAUGGCGGUUUAGCGUGCGCAGGAGCGUACUUAGGUGAGUGUAAACGCAGCUUGCAUGUACUUCAUGCGACCCAUGGGUCAUGAUAUUUACUAAAUUACGUACGCGAGCGACAAAGCACGAAUCUCAGACAAGAUGAUGAGCGUGACAAACUGGAUACUAUGCGAGUAUGAAUGCUGUCGUAAAUUGAUGCAUGAGCUUGGCAUGCUUGGAGCUCGUGACUGGAUGGCCCGAAGCAUUUAUGGGAGGUCUUCUCUUUUUAAACCUUGAGGAUACAGAAAUGCCCUUAAUGAGGACGGUAAGUGCUGUGGUGAGAUCGCGUGUGAUAGGGUACAUGCUAGGGAGGUGCUUCGUAGGCCGGGUCUGGUGUUGUGAGCGAUGGGUUACACCGUACCUUAGCAAUUGCAGCUGUAGUGCUAUUGGAAAGCGCUCUUCCGCUUUGAACCUUCAUGUGCAGUGCCGCACAAUCCUUCUGGCCAGUUGUACCGAUUUUCGUACCCAAAUUACAUGUAUGUUAGGCAAGCCAACUCCAGGCACUCGUUUCGCCCCUCCGUCUCCCUCCUCUGGGCGUCCAAUGCCUAGUCUUCUUCUUCCAUUAGCAUGAGCGGCUCCCACAACCUUAUAGCACAAACGAGGGGCUGCAUCGACCAGAGACCAGUUCUGUCAAUUAGGUAUAACACCGUGCAUCCACCGUCUAGUCGAACAAUACGCAACAUGAUUUGUCUACUUCACUGCCAAUAUGCCAACCUCUCAUGGCAACCCUUCACGGUUUUAAUAACGUACUUCCAACGCGUUUGAUACGCACGGCGCAUUAGUUACCU